AUGGUUGAUUUAGAUCGCUUUGGAACAAGGUUGCCGGUUCCAGGAGAUGUGUCGUUUUCCAUCAUUAAUUUUUGUUCUCAAUGUGUUGACAUAAAGAUCAAAAUUCUAAAAGAACUUCAUCUAGCCGAUUUGUUAAUUUUCAUGGCCAAACUAGGCGAUGACGAAGUCACUCGUGUUCCCAUAAAAUGGAUCAAUAAGAAUCGUCUUGAAUUUAUCUUUUUGCCCCCUCCAACUAUCACUACUAUUAAUGAAGAGAAUUUAAAAAAAUAUGUUGAAAAAGAAGAAGCCGUCAAGAAAUUUUUUCAUCAAAUCCGAUAUAUCAAUCCUUGUGUCACUAUUCCAAUAGAUAUACAUGUAUUCACUAUCGAUGAAUUAGAAUAUUUUAAUAAUAUUUUUAUUCCAACAUCCAUGUAUGAUAUCAAACUUUACAUUAUGGAGUUAGACGCUUGUGAAUUUUCAAAGCUAAAACGCUUUAAAUAUCUAACACAUGUUUCAUAUUUAAAUAUAUUGGAUAUAAGUGGUGACAUGCAUGCAAAUACAUUAGAUUUGUCUAAAUAUUUUAAAUUAAAAAGAUUGGCCAUUGGUCCAAAUUUGAAUGUUAAUAUCAAGUUCGCUGAUGAAGGUAAAAAUAUUGAAACAUUCAUUGCUGAUGGUGAAUUCAACAAGGAGAUUUUGGCUAAUUUACGUAAUUUGAAAUGUUUCUUCUAUACAUUGGGUGGUCAAAGUUUUAAUACCAAAUGUUUACCUAAAUCUAUCAAGUAUUUACAUAUAGAUUCUGAUUUUAGAGGUGGUUCCAUUUUAGUAACAUCUUUAGCAGAAAUUCCAUUACAAUCAAUUCAACUAGAGUCUGACGAAUUAAUGCUAUCAUCCCCAUUUGUUUUCCCUCAUUCGUUGGAGUACUUAAGAUUGAAAGGAAUCAUUCCUGAUGAUGUUUGGAAUACGCUUCCUGCUGAUUUGAAAAGAUUGGAAUUAAUUUGUACAUCUGAAGAUAAAUUAUAUAAAUUGACAUCACGAUUAAAUUUACCUCAUUCUCUACAAUAUCUAAAAAUUAAAGGCAUGGAAAUAAAGUCCGAUAUGGAUAAAGAGAUCAUAUUCCCUUCUAGUCUCACAAAUUUAAAUAUAACUAAUUCUCUGUUUAUUACGCCUCUAAAUGCAUUCAAGUUUAAUAAAGAUGCUUUAAAAAGCAUAAUUAUUUCUAACUACAGACAAAUAGGUAAUAAUAAUCCUUAUUAUUCCAAUAUUAACUUUACAAUGUUCAAAAAGUUAAAAAUUAUUAAAUUUUCAUGUACUAAUCUCCUCUUUUGUGAACUAAAAGUCCCCACAACAAUUGAGAGAAUUGUUAUCCACAACGAAUCAAUCCCUGAAAUAUCGGAGACAAAUUCUUUAUUCCAUAAAGAUAGUCAUUUUCCUUUCCUCGCGUAUAUUGAAUUUAAAGACUGUGGAAUUCAAUCAAUAAGUCGAAGAAUAUGUUUGCCUAGAAAUUUAAGGAGUUUCACUUUAGUGGAUGAUUGUUUGAAGUCAUUCUACCUUAAUAGAAGUAUGUAUACGAACCCACAUUUAGAGGAGAUGAGUUUAGGAUGUCUUCAGGAAAUAGAUUUUGUUCAGGAUGAGGAAUCUAAUUCUAAUAAUCGAACCAAUCUAAAAAAGCUUAUCAUUUGUGUUCCUAAUCUGUUUAAACUUAAAGCCGAAUUUUAUGGGAAUUUUGGAGAAUAUUUCGGAAGGAGCUUGGGCCUUCAUCAAAGAUCGGUUCUUAAUGGUAAAACUGAAUUUGAAUUCAGGGUUAAAUAG